AUGACGUCUCCCUCUCCUCAAGAAAUAUCUUUACGUAACAUUAGAUCAGGUGGAGAUUCUGCUAGCCCAAUGGAUAUCAACAAUGAAGUUGAGAAUGAGGCAGAAAAAUUCCCUUCUUUUGGAGAUGAAGAGUUAGGCAGUGAAAAUGAGGCCGAGGCCGAGGAGCUCGGGCAAGACCCGGAUGAAAUGGCUGAUUACGUGGACACUCUAUAUCCAUUCAGAAAAAAGGAUAGGGCAAAAAAAUCAUUAGCCUGGAAUGAUUUCGAGGAAGUAGUCGAAGGUACCGAUAAAUACUCUUCUGGUAAAGCAGCUUCCAAAGAGCUGGAGAGAAUCGAUCAUCUUUUCUAUUCAUAUGCUGACAAUUCCACUGGUAUGAUCGAUCCAGAAGGAAUUGAGUCCAUCUGCUCAGAUUUGAAUGUUGAUCACACGGAUGUCCGAUUGUUAAUGCUUGCUUGGAAAAUGCAAGCAGAGAGACAAGGUUACUUCACCCUGGAUGAGUGGCGAACUAGCCUUAAAGCACUUAGAGCUGAUACGAUACCGAAAUUAAAGAAGUCUCUCGUGGAUCUGGAGAAAGAGGUCCGAAGGCCAUCCAACUUUGUCGACUUCUACUCCUAUGCUUUCAGAUAUUGCUUGACUGGGUUGGCUGUUGAUAGUGUCAUGUUCAACAAUAUUCUUAAAUUGUUUUGUGAUUUGGCAUUGAAGAAAGGGUUGUUGCUAGAAUUCCAGAAAGACCCGAAGAGGUUGCUGGUAGCUGUUGUCGAGAAACCAGAUGGCAAGAAGAUUUGGAUAGUUACAGAUCAUAAAACAGAGAAACUGAAGGAGAUGCGUGCAAUUGGGAUUUCUGGGCCCCCCCUGUUGUUAAUUUUGUUACUUAGCCUCCAUGAAGUUUGUUUAUCCAUGGAAGACGGGUCGGGUAUGUUACCAGUGAUGGAUCUUGGAAAGGUCAAGACGAUGAUAAUGGUGGAUGAGAGCACAAGGAAAUUGAGCAGUUUUGCGGUUUGUUCUCUGUGCGUGUGUUGUGAAGCAGAACUUUAUGGAGAAGAAGGUGGUUUUGGGCAGAGGCAUGAGUGA